AUGUCUUUGGGCAUUUGCCGCCGUCGGACCUGCCACUCCAGGUUGCUGGCCGAGAUACGACGGAUCCUGAAGCCAGGCGGCAUCCUACCCACACGCGACGCGGCGGACCAGCAGUUCUACCCUCGGAGCGUGGACCCCGAGCGGCUCGACUCCGGCAUUACCGAGGACGAGAUACAGCAGACGCUGCUCGCCGUGGGGAAGUGCGUCGAGAUGGAGCCUGCCUUGUACGCGGCGAUUCAGUGCGCAAUGCUCGCGUGA